AUGCAGAAUAACACCAUCGACCUUGCCUAUUAUUGGUUGGUGUCCAAAAAGGAUGUCAUAUCAUAUGUUGGCUGUUAUAAAAUAAUCACUUGCCAAAGUGAUUACUUCCCAGUGUCGUCUGCUCUGCUACACUUCACAAAUCUCUUACAUGCAAGACGAAUUAGACCAGUUAAAUCUCGAUUUGGUGUCACCUAUUCGAUUUAUUAUUGUAAUCUUUUCUACUGCGAAUAA